CCCUGCUCCACCGAAAAGCAAGUCGCUUUCUUUGCUCUUUCAAUCGGUGAAGCAAUCCGAUUCCGAUCUUUGACGAAUUCGUGCCGUCACUGCGAUCAUCGGUGGGCUGUGGUGUGGUGGUCGUGGCGGUGGUCGGUCGCGGUGGGUGGUCGUCGUCGUCGCGGGGGUAGAGGCAUCCUCGAUUUCGCGAGCGGUGUGAGAGGAGGAGAAGGAGUAGGAAGAAGAUGGUGUCGGCGAACAGGGAAAUGGUGGUCUAUUGCUUCGACACUCUCGUCGCUCAUUACAACAGCGAGGAAGCUCCUCCUCCUGCCUUCGAUGCUGGACAACACCCGUUAUUUGUGACUUGGAAGAAAGUGGUCAAUGGCAGUGAGCCUCGUCUUCGUGGAUGUAUUGGAACUCUGGAAGCCCGCUGCUUGAUCAAUGGUUUUAAGGAUUAUGCCUUAACCAGUGCUUUGAGGGACCGAAGGUUUCCUCCCAUACAGGCCAAAGAAUUGCCUUUUCUCGAAUGUACCGUUUCCAUCCUCGCUGAUUAUGAAGACGCUAACAACUAUCUUGAUUGGGAGGUAGGGAAGCAUGGUAUAAUCAUUGAAUUCACAGAUCCUGAUUAUAAUACACGCCGAAGUGCUACCUAUUUGCCUGAGGUGGCUGCCCAUGAAGGUUGGACAAAAAUGGAGGCUAUAGAUUCCCUGAUGAGGAAAGCUGGCUAUAAUGGCACCAUCACUGAGUCGCUCAGAAAGCGCAUUCGGCUAACCCGUUACCAGAGCACCCUAUUUACUAUGCAUUAUAGCGACUACAUCACGUACGUGAGGGCAAAUAGAGGCUCGGCCCCGUUUAUUAAUGGGGCUAAGCCAGCUAAUUAUUGAUUACCAAAUGGCUCUGCAGAUUCAGCAGGGCUAUUUCGGUGCAAUCUGAAGAUUAUUCAAGACGGGGAUGGUACGGCGUUGUUUGCGUUCCAUCUCCCACUCUUAUCAAAUGUUAUGACCUGUUUUAUACCAUUCUUCAAAUUCGUCUGAUUUUGAAGAAAUAAGAAAAACUUGUUCGAUAAGCCAUGGGAUUCUGAUCCCCGGGGGCAGAAAAUUCUCAUUUUGGCCGUUCCCAAGGGAAGUGUCCCGGUGUAUCAAUGACUUCAUGUAACUUUAAAAGGGUCUUCUUUCCUUUUGCCAAUA